AUUUUAGGGUACAAUUCGCUACACCUUAGAUACGGGCUAUAAUCGGCAAGGAGAUGGUAAAAGAAACUAAAUAUUAUGAUGUCCUGGGCGUGUCGCCCAAUGCUACGGACAGCGAACUCAAGAAAGCCUACCGAAAAAUGGCGCUUAAAUACCAUCCGGAUAAAAACCCCGAAGGUGGAGAGCAGUUCAAGUUGAUAUCACAGGCUUACGAAGUUCUUUCGGAUGAGAAGAAGCGGCAAAUUUAUGACCAAGGUGGAGAAGAAGCUCUUCAAGGCGGUGGCGGUGCUGGAGAAUUCCACAAUCCAUUCGAUGUCUUCGACAUGUUCUUUGGAGGAGGACGAAGGCAGAGGGAGCGUGGAGUUCGACCAACUGUUCAUCAGCUGAAAGUUUCUUUGGAGCAGCUAUAUAAUGGAUUCUCCAAGAAGCUCAAGGUCACAAGGACAGUCAUUUGCACUGACUGCAAAGGACUGGGUGGCGUUGCCGGUUCCGUUGUCAAAUGUAGUGAUUGUAAAGGACGUGGAAUGAUAAUACGAGUAAUGCAGCUAGCUCCAGGAAUGAUUCAGCAAGUUCAGUCACCUUGUGGUGCCUGCAAAGGUAGUGGUGAAGUGAUCCCCGCGAAAGAUCGAUGCAAAGGUUGUCAAGGACAGAAGAAGCGCAAAGUGGAGGAGAUUCUGGAGGUUCACGUAGAAAAAGGUAUGAAAGAUGGCGAUCGGAUUUUGUUUGAAGGAAGAGGAGACGAAGAUCACGAUGUACCACCCGGUGAUAUAGUUAUUAUUCUUGACGAGAAGGAUCAUCACACAUUCUUCAGAAAAGACGAUAAUUUGGUUAUGAAUAUCGAUAUUCAGCUUGUUGAAGCACUGUGCGGGUUUUCUCGCGUGAUCAAAACGCUUGAUGAUAGGACGCUUUUCUUUAGCGUCUUACCAGGUGAAGUAAUAAAACACUCUGAUAUGCGGGUUAUAUAUGGGGAAGGAAUGCCACAUCGAAGGAAUCCUACUGAAAAGGGUGACCUCAUUCUGCAGUUCCGUGUCGUUUUCCCCGAUAAACUUACACCGGAGGCCCGGCGGAAAUUGCAGGAGCUACUUCCAGGCAAAAGCGAAUGUUUGGUUGGAGAUGAUGACGAGGUAUUCGAGCUGGGUGAAAUCGCACUUAGUCGUCCACGUCACGACGAAUAUCAGGGUCACGAGGAAGGGGGAGUACGCUGUCAGCACCAAUAGUCACUUAAUUCCAGUGGUCCUUUCAUCUGAUAUCCACCCCGUGAUUAUGUGUCCGUAAUAGCUUUCGUUUAUUUGAUUUUAGUCUCACUUGAAAGUGAACUCGAAUAGGUAGAUGAUAUUGGCGCUGUACAGCAUACAUUUUCAUUUGUUGUCGCCCCUUCUUAUUCGUCGUUAGGGGACAUAUUCCGUCAUUGUUGUGGUUCCUUACCCGACAGUAUACUUCAAUGUACUGUAACACACUGUUGCACUACUAUCCCUGAACUGUUAUAUCUCAAAACGAACCGUUGUUUUUCAUGUAGACCUUCUGGAGAGCUUCUUAUAUCAUUCAUAAUCAAUUCUUAUAUACUAAGCACUUUUGUUUUCUCCUUGGAUCCACAUCAUAUUACCUUUGCUGCUCUAGAAAUUGUGAACAUCGCAGGGAACAUUCGACUCGCUCUGUUUUUUCCGAGUGUGUCACACGAUCUAUUUGCAAGUCUCUAAACAAU